CUCCCUGGACCUCAGCGGCUGCUCGGAACUGGCUGAUGGAGCAGUCCUGGCUGUGAGCCGGGGCCUGCGGCACCUGCGGCGCCUGAGCCUGAGGAAGUUGCAGCGGCUGACAGAUGCGGGAUGCUCAGCCCUAGGGGGCCUGCAGGAGCUGCAGAGCCUCGACAUGGCCGAGUGCUGCCUGGUAGAGGGCAGGAACUGGCCCAGUCCCUGGGCUCAGUGUGCGGAGCUCCAUCCUCACUGGCCUCCCUCAGCCUGGCCUACUGCUCCUCACUCAAGCCCCACGAAGAGCUGGAGUACCGGGCCUCCAGCCCCAAGGACCCCUCUCCCCAGCCACAGGGCCCCUCCUUGCUCAUGCUGCAGGCCCUGCGGGAGCUGGACCUCACAGCCUGCAGCAAGCUGACUGAUGCCAGUUUAACCAAGGUGCUCCGCUUCCCCCAGCUGAGGCAGCUGUCACUGAGCCUGCUGCCAGCACUCACAGACAAGGCCUUGGUGGCUGUGGCCAAGGGCUGCCCCAGCCUGGAGCGCUUGGCGCUGAGUCACUGCAGCCUCCUCAGCGACCAGGGCUGGGGACAGGCAGCCAGCUCUUGGCCAAGGCUGCAGCACCUCAACCUGUCUAGCUGCAGUCAGCUCACGGAGCAAACUCUGGAUUCCAUCGGGCAGGCGUGCAGGCAGCUGCGGAUGGUAGAUGUGGCCAUGUGUCCCGGCAUCAGCAUAGCCUCCGUCAGGCGUUUCCAAGCCCGACUGCCUGAGGUGAUCUGCAUCCAGUCCCGCUUCGUGGGAGGGGCAGACCUGACCUUAACGCUCUGAGGCCAGAUCAGUGACCAGUGGCUCAGCCUCUGUCACCUCCAGCAUCCCCGGCCCUGGCCUUUUGACCUGGAGUUUGACUCAGCGCCUCCUGCCCCUCUCUGUUACAUGCCCCAGAGGGCCUUCCCCAAGCUAGAAACCCCUCCACUGGGUCUGAGAGUGGGAUGAUACCAGGACAGCCCACUGGGCUUCUCGCCUGCCUGCCCCACAGCCCGCAGGAAGCUUCUCCAGCUACAUGGCACUGCUACAGGCCCCCGGAGAUGCCAGAUCCUGCUCACCUGUCCAGGCAUGGGUCCAGAGGCCCGGCCAUUGGGGGCUGGGUCUGGUGCUGGAAAGAGUGGACCCCGGUACCUUUUGUUCCACCCACUUCUCACACUAAGGCCUGUGCCCGGCCUUGUUCCCUGCAGCUCUCCCAGCCCCUCCACCAGCACUGAGUUUUAGCAGCUAAGCCACAGUCUUUGUUGUAUACUCAAGAUUAAAAAUUCCAGAUCUUUC